CAGAAAGAACACAACAAACGGAAACCAUAAGAAUACAACAUGAAGAAAAAAGGACGAUAGCACAACAACGGCAAACAGGAAAAAACAAGAUACACAGAUUAUUCGUGUAUCAUUACCUCUUCAGACGGAGCCCGGAACGUCUUCGCAGUUUCGCUCACUUAUCUCCGAUACUACCCAAAACCGGCUGGGCCAGGGACUUGAGUUAAAUAUAUAAAUAUAUAAAUAUAUAUAUAAACGCUUACUGUAAAAAAAAUAAGGGCACGUGGCGUUCCAUUAUGCAAUCUGUGUAUCAUACUAAGGCACAUACAUUGUUGAAGACUUGAUCAACUGAGGUAUUCGUCUCGGGAAUGCAUCUCUUAAAGAUGUUUAGCGUUAAAAACACAGAAAUCUAUCUGUAGCUGACGAAAAUUGUCCAUCAGUAGUGGUGGCAUUGCUAAAUGUGUGCAUUUCUGCCCUUUUGUGCUUCGUCAGUGGCAAGUGUCCACUGGCAAACUCAUACUAAGGCACAUCCGUCCUUACUGACUGAAAAAUCGCUGAUGUCGCAUUUAGCCGGCAGGUUGAAUAAAAAUUUAUGCGCAACAGAAGCAUUGAUAUAUAUUGAUUUUAGUCACUGGAUUGCGGCCAUGCUGGGGCACUGCUUUCUAGUGCUUAAUAGAUCAUAUUGUCUCCUGUACAUAUUUCAGUGUAGCUGAUACUGAUAUUAAUCUUAUCGUGACUUGGAAUAUCAAGCCUCUCUCCCCCUCUCUCUUUCUGUCUAUUUCUAUCUCUCCCUCCCUCACUCUCUGUCUAUCUCUCUCCCUCUCUCUCUGUACAUGCGUAUGUAUAUGCACACGCACAUAGACACAGACACACACACACACACACACACACACACACGUACGUACGUGUGCGUGUGUGUAUUAUGGGAAGUGAAGGAUAUGAAAGAGUUAGAUACUUCGCGAUGAUCUAAUCCUUUUUCACACGAAUGAAAUGAACGCCAAAUGGUCUGCACUAAGGUUUUACACACACACACACAUAGAGUUUCUCCCUCUUUCUCUCUCUCUCCCUCUUUUCUACGCAUACACAGUUGUUCAUACACACAUACUCUCCCAGCUACUUACGUGUUCUCUCUUUCGCACAUACACAAACGCAUGUAAACACACAUACAUACAUGUAUACACACAUAUAUGUAUACACGAACACAUAUUUACACGCAUACACACACAAUUCUUACAUACACACUCAAAGGGAGUUUUCCUCGUCUCUCUUCUUUCUCUAUCCGGCUUUCUGUCUCCAUAACUCAUUCUCUAUCCUUUUUUUGUCUGUAUCCACUCUCCAUGUUAUUAUCUCUUCCAUGUUAUUCUCUUUCUUUCUCUGCUACCUUAUCUCUACGCCCUAUCAUUAACAACAACUAAGUCAACAUAGCAGUCGUCUGCUUCAUUUUUAAAGUUUUUCUGUGUUCAACAGAAGUCAGACAACUGCACAGAUAAACGGAAGUAAGGCAUUUUGGAGUGAAAAGAGAAAAUCAAGUUUUGCAAGCAAACCAACUGUAAAUGCUAUAAGACAUGGAAACAAGUGAGAAAUGUAAUAACAAUUGAUCAAAAUUUAUUCACUAUCAGUGCAGUGGAUGUUAUUUUAUGUGAAAUAUGGUCAGAACGGUCAAUAAAUAAACUAUUUCCCUUGCUUAGAAAGAUGGGGCAGGCUGGCCAUAAGCAGAAGCAGAAUUCAGCUGAGAAUGGCAGAUAUUCAAAGAAUAAGAAAGUUCGUGAUUCGUACGAAUCUUCAUCAUCUGUAAGAUACAAUGGGAAUGAGCCGUGUUUACCAAGUUUUUCUAUGAAAAAUGCAGAGAAAGCAUGCAAUUUGUCGUUCCAAGAGUUAGAAAUGAUGGACAAUAGGAAUUUGGCCAUGGAGCACAACACAGCUCAGAAUAAGUAUGACAUGGAUCAGAUUUGUGUAGACAGGAUGCCGAACAUGUAUCCAGUUGAGCCAGGAGAAAACCACUCAUACGGUGGUCCUGUUGGACAAGAAAUAUGGUAUACUGAGGUAGAUUUUAAUCCUCAUUACACUAACAGAUCUUCAUAUAAUAAUCAAGGUUUCGAAAUGGAGCCUGGUGACCCAAUAGGAACAUCAAAUAAUGUCAGAGUACAAUUUAACAUUCCAAAUAUGCCGGAAGUUCAAUCAAACCCGAACGAGUCAACGGAAAACAUGGACGUGCAUUACCAAAAUAACAAUACUGUUGAAGGAGACAUGUCAGAAGACAACGGGAUCAUAUUACCAUACAAUACAUUAUACUCUCAGGUUGAAAUACAUCCGAAACCUAGUGAUUUCGAAUGUAACAGUUCAGGAGAGCAAUGUUACUAUCAAUGUGUAAACACGGAGGAUGAAAUAUCUUCUGAUGAGAAAAACAAAACGGUUAGCUUUGUUGAGAGUGCAUACACAGACACAGCGAAAACAACAGAACCGUUAUUUGACAUACAAAGAAACUUAAUGGAAUCGGUUGUUGGAAAUAGAGUUGAUAUAUCUGCGAUAGAUGUUAUUGAAACGAGACAUUCACCAUCUUGUUCCUACGAUGAAGAUGGACAAAGCAUUGAAGAAAUUGAUACAAAUACUGAUGUUAAAGAUGAAACGGCAGGAACGUCGUCAAGUAGCAGUGUGGUUCAUCGGAUGGUGGCAAGAACCGUCAAGAAAAUUAGUUUACUUAGCGACCUUAUCAGGCAAUGGAAAUGUAAUGCUAAAGAAAAAGAUUGCUUUGACGAAUUACAGGUAAGCACUAAUUGUUACCGUUUACCAGGAAAGAUGCUUCUACUGUUAUUGUUUCUUCUGUUGCUGCUAAUUAUAGAUAAGCACUAAUUCUUUCAAUGCCAGUGAAACACUGUGUUCCACAACACAGAAAGAAAUCUCUCUGACUAUCUAUCUUUGGUUUUGAUGGUCUCUUCAUAACAUUAAUAUCUGUAAAUCUCCCACCAGAUCCAUCCCCUGUUUUUUUUUUUCAGUUGCGGUUAGAUAUUCAUGGGUAAAAACUACAGAAUAGUUUUUUCGUGUCAAAAUAAGAAAACAUUGCAAACGAGCUUGACCGUUUUGUAUAUUAAUUGAGAAUGAUGGGCGGUUCCAGACAUAGUAUACUUAGGACUCAAUGUAUCUUUUUCUGUUUUAAAAUGGCAGAGAAGGAUUGCAAUGGAAAUCUAGCUGGUAUUUCUAGCAGGAUGUUCAAUCGCGUAUAAGUCUUUUCGUUGGUGUCAUCAUCGUCGUUGUCGUCGUUGUUGUUGUUGUUGUUGUUGUUGUUGUUGGUGGUGGUGGUGGUGGUGGCGGCGGCGGAUUUGGUGGUGGUGGUGGUGGUGGUGACAGUGGUGAUGGCUGUCUUGCGCGGCCUUUUAUCCCAAGCUAUAUAUGAUAUCCAGUCAAAUAUUUCACAAACGUUUCUUUCCUAUUUGUUUCAGCGUAUGAAAAAGAAGCUAUUCAUCAACCCAAAAGAGGUUUUGGGAACCACUCCACCCCAGGGCUUGGCUCUUAGUAUGACGAACUUGGUCAGUAAAGUUCUCACCGAAGCUUCAACUGUUGAAAAAGAUAUCCAUCCUUACGGACGCGGAAAUAUGUACACCAAUGCUUUCGCUGGUAAAAAAUCGCUGGUGAAACUCGAUCCCGGAAAGCUUAUGUUCUGGGGUAUCGUCAUAUGCAUGGUGACUGGAGCGGCAUUUGGAGUUAUUAUUCUAUCAGAAAUUCAUCGUGGAUCUUUGAAACGCUUGCUACAACGAUACAAUGGCUCGUUCCCGGAUUGGUACUAACUUUACAACAAACCUUUGGUGUUUAAUGUAUUUCAAGGAAACUUUUUUUCUACCAAAAAAGCUACAUAUUUCAAACAAUUUUUUCAACCAUUUUUCAGUAUAAAAUGGUGGGUGAAGUAAGAUAUCUAACAACUAAGUUGGCGAAUGACCAGUUCAAUCAUACAACAUGAAGGCAAGAUAAUGCAAAUUAUAUAAGUAGCUUGUAUGAAUGUAUAAUACAGAUUUUAGAUUAUCAUUUGAGACUGAAACACUAAAAAUAGGCGUCUUAUUUUUAUGUGCUUAUAUCUGUAUGUGUGUGGAUGCAUUUAUGCAGUAUAUGUAUACAUACAUAUGCAUUUAUAUUAGUGAUAAAAAUGUGUGUGUGGAUAGGAAGGGAUAGGGAACGAGUGUUUGAUAUAAAAAAAAAAAUGAAAGAAAAAUGUUUGAAUGCCUAUCUUUAAUAAAAUCUAAUCAGAUUUAUUUGUAAUAGCAAAAAAAAAGCAAAAAAAAAAAAAGAAGAAAUUCUUGGAACAUUCCACCACUAA